GUGAUGAACAGAGAUGGCUGUAUCAAAAUUCUCAGCCGGGUAUUAGAAUGGGUGGAUUUACAGACUGGAAGCCUGUAAAUCAACCUAACAUCACAGCAUGGUCUGACAGAGUCACUCGAUUCAUCAGGACCUGAAUAUCAUCAGGCUUUCAAUGUGGAAGGAGAAAUGUUUGUCUGUUCUGUCUGUGGGGAAAUGUUUCAAACAUUAUGACUGGAAAGUCACCAAGAUACAUACACCCGAGUGAGAGUGUUCCAGUGAAUUGACUGUGGAAAGAGCUUUAACCAGUUACACAGCCUGAAGAAACAUCAGAUUAUUCACAGUGGGGAGAAACUGUGCACAUGUUGUAAUGUGGCAAAGGUUCAACUGAUUGUCCAGCCUGUGGAGAAACAAAAAAUACCGGCACCAUGGAGAAACCGUGGAAAUGUGAGGACUGUGCUAAAGGAUUCACCUAUUCAUCCCAGCUGGAAAUCCAUCGACGCAUUCACACUGGGGAGAAGCCGUUCAGCUGUUCAGUGUGUGGGAAGGGAUUCACUCAGUCAUCUAGCCUUCGGUCACACCAGCGAGUUCACACUGAGAAAAAGCCAUUCAGCUGCACAACCUGUGGAGAGAGGUUCAAGUCUUCAUCCAUCUUCACUGAACACCAGCGAAUUCACACAGGUGGGAGACCAUUCACUUGCUUCGUGUGUGGGAAGGGAUUCACUCAGGUAUUUGCCCUCCAGUCACACCACCAAAUGCACACGAAGGAGAAUCCAUUCAGCUGUACUUCCUGUGGAAAGAGUUUCAGGCAGUCAACUGACCUCAAUGAACACCAACGUACUCACACUAGGGAGAAGCCGUUCACCUGCUCCGUGUGUGGGAAAGGAUUCCGUUGGUCAUCUCAACUGCUGACACAUCAGCGAGUUCACACCGGGGACAGACCAUUCAUCUGCUUCUUGUGUGGGUCAGGAUUCACUCAGUCACAACACCUACUGAGACACGAGCGGGAUCACAAGUGAUUACAGCGGUUGGACUCUGCUGUUAUUGCUGCUGUUAAUCACACCCAGGACUGAUAGUCUGACAAUAUUAGGUUUGUUUCUGCUGAUGUUAACAACCCUGGCUGGAGUUUAAUAUUCUGGAGAUGUCACUGACUUUCAGGGCUGCAAUGUCCUUUUUUAAAAGCACCAUUUGUGGUCUUUCCCCCUGAAUACAAGAACUCUCCCCGGGAACUAGUUUACAAUAAAAUUUUGGAUUUUACUUCAAUCCUAAAUUGAUAUUUGAUGCAAAAUCUACAAUUCAGUGUCAGAAAGGUUCCAGUGAUUAACAUCUCCAGUUAUAAUGUGUUGAUUAAUCCUUGCUGACGAUUCUUACUGACUUGCACAUUCUUCAAUGACACCUUGAUCAUGAACUCAAAUUAAGAAGGAAUGUUAAACAAAAUAGUGAAAUAUUUUACAGGCGGAUCAAUAAAAGCUU